GCAUGUUACGCGCAGGCGUCGUUUGCAGGAGUAGGCUAUACAAACAAUCAUAUUUAUUUAUGACAGUGUAGGCCUAUUACUUAGGGUGCUAUAUGUAAUGUAAACUGAAGGCUUGCUGGAGUGGAGAGCGACAAAGUUUUACGAAACAAAACUCUUUGACGUAUUUGGGGUGUAGUAGCAUAUGUGUCUACAAUAUGGGCUAUACGUUCUGUGUUUUUGUCUCAUUCGCCUGACAGUGCCUUUCCACGAACACAAUCAAAGAAACUGUUAUUUACAGGAAACCCUGAUACUGAAAGAAGAGUCUGCACUGCCAGUUUACGUUUGUUUCAAGGGCAUUACCUUUCAGCCAUGCUGCAGUCAUUCAAGCAUUUAUCCAGCUGUAACCUGGUGCUAUCACGCUCCAUCUCUGGAUAUGUUUCACGAAUGAGGUACCUCAUGAGAUUAAAGGAGGACGAUGAAGCAUGUCGAGAGGCACUGAAGUCUGGGAAGGUUCUACUGUAUCAUAAGCUUUCUCCUCUAUUGCGAAAGACUAGCAGUGGCAGUGGUUACAAAUUGGCUUCUCUAAAAACCUCAGAUUUGGAACAAAUAUUGGAAAAGGUUGGAAAGGACAAACACAUUGUUAAUGAAUCUUUUCUUCUGGGAUGCACUGACAAGAAAGAACCACAGUUCUCACUGGAAGUGAUUUAGACCGCAGUGCAUUGGAGCAGGAGUGUAGAGGUAUGUUUGUGGACCUUAGGAAAG